CAAUCACGCAGCUCUUUUUCGGGCCAAUCAGGCUGGGCAUCGGGCGCUAGUCCAUAUUGGGCUCUUGGCACAAUCAUCGCCCACAGCACUGCAGCUUGAGCGUGGCCGGUCGCCCGCGGGGCACGGCCGGGGCCCGAUGGAUGAGCUGGAGGAGCACUGGCAGGGGAGCGAAGACUGGAGACGGGCGAUUAGUAGGCAGCGUUCUGAGAGGUGAUCGCACGACACAAACCGGCAACGCUGGAGAGGCGGAACUGGACAGUAUGAUGCUGGAGGUGGCUGCUGUCUAAUUUGCCCCUCCUACUAAAUAUUUCAGCUUGCCUACCUACAGUACAUCAUUCGCCCAAAAGGAUAGACCAUAUAUGGUACUAAGGUUGUAUGUGCAUGAGAUGAUAAUCAAACCCACCAACUCCCUCACCGGGGCGCCGUUAGUUCGGACCCUCAUCGCGCCCCGAAUCCUUAUCGUCAUGGGCGAGGAGUUCACCGCGACUGGUGCCGACCCUGUCCUUUCGCAUACUAACUGUAGCUCUCCUACCAACUAUCGACGUGACUGCACCCUAGCGAGCUCACUGAACACUGCACAGCAGGGAAUUAGAGAUCUUGAAGGCUUCCGUCAUGUUGUGCCAGCAAGCUUCCCUUGCUUCUGCAGUGUUUUUGGCCCUGCUGCCUCCAUGUCUGGUGGCUCGGAACAUUGUUUUUCCUCCCGUCGCUCCGGUACAGGCCAACCUGAACGACGUUGACAGCCCCAACCACUCCCAGUCCUAUCAGUCGUCCCUCGGCCUCAACAAGGACCAAUUCUUGAGCUACAACAAAUUCGCAGGGUUGACCACAUUUGCGAACCUGCCUUGGGUGCACUGCCUUUCCAAGGAUGGAGACGUGGAAAAGUACGACAUCGCCUUCUUAGGGGCUCCGUUCGACACAGGGACGACGGGGAGGCCUGGGGCACGGUUUGGCCCAGCGGGGAUUCGAUUGGGUUCCCGACGGAUUUCGGCCGAAGCUGCCUGGAGUGCUUACACGCACAACAAUACGUUCUUGUCAUGGGCCAAGAUCGUCGAUUGCGGCGAUGCUCCGUUGACAUUCCUCGACAACACCGUAGCUUUGCAGCAGCUCGGGGAAGCGCACAAGGCUGUGUCUGCUCGCACAGCCAAUACGACCGAGGUGGCCGGUGCGCCUCGCAUCAUCACCUUAGGUGGCGACCAUACCACCACACUGGCCGCAUUGAGAUCGACUUUCGACCAUUGGGGUCCAGUCAGUGUGAUCCAUUUCGACAGUCAUCUUGACACUUGGGACCCCAAAGUAUUGGGCGGAGGGAUUUCGCACUAUGCCGGAGUAAACCAUGGGACGUUUCUUCACAUCGCCCACGAAGAAGGUCUGAUCCUGAACUCCUCGGCCCACGCAGGAAUCCGCGCUCCAGCUAUCAAUAAGAAGUAUGACUGGAAAAACGACAAACGAUGUGGCUUCGAGAUUAUCACGGCUCGGGAUAUUGACAGGAUCGGUGUGAUGGGCAUCAUUGACAGAUUGAAAGCCCGCGUCGGGGACACUCCGGUAUACAUCUCGGUCGACAUCGACGUUCUGGACCCUGCCUUUGCGCCUGCCACCGGCACGGCGGAAGUCGGCGGGUGGACAACCCGAGAGCUCUUGAGCAUUCUUGACGGCUUGGAGGGUCUCAAGGUCAUUGGUGCUGAUGUGGUCGAGGUAGCUCCGGUAUACGACACGGCCGGCGAGACAACGGGUCUUGCGGCUGCCGAAGUGGCCCAUUCGCUUAUGAGCUUGAUGGUGGAAACGCCUGUAAAGCCGCUCAAAGAACGCAGUUAAGGCCGGUGGAAUAUGGCUGUACAUACAAUAGGACGAAGACGGUAUAUACUAGAUAGUUGGAUGAGGAAGCAGGGAUCGAGCAAAAGCAUGGGCUCAUCAACAAUACUUGCUGCUGGAAUAUACCGAAGUGCGCGAUGAGCGGGCGUCGGGCAUUGCUGAUGUGCUAGGAGUGCUAGUAGCAAGUUCCUUCAACUUAGCAACAACUAGUAGCGAAUAGCACGAGCACCGACUCCUCCACGUCAUUCCAAGUCCAGGACUCAACUUCCGGUUUCCC